GUGCUCAAAAUAGGAUCCAAAAGUCAUUUUUGACCUAUUUCAUGUUUCACUUAUGAAAUAUCCAUUUCUCCAACAUAAAUUUUAUUUUAUGAAUAAAUACAUACUGGAAUUUGAAAAAUUGUCAUAUGCAAUCCUUCCUUGCUUCGAAUAAAUCAUUUAGUCUCAAUAACUCGAGUUGUUGAAAAAUGAUCUGUCAAGUUUUUAUCACUUACACGCUUUCUUAAACGAAAUCUGCCUUUCAGCCCUUGUGCUGCUAAACCAUUAGACUUUCAGCUUGUAUAGUUUAAACCAAGGUUCAAAAAGGCGCUAGGCGUAAAGCGAGCGUUGAGACUUUGCCUAGCGCCUUGCUCGCGUAGGCGUAGACUAAGCGUGCCUAGGCAUUGGAAGAACAAUAGCUAUUCGCACUGCAUGAUGAAUAAAAUAAUAAUCUACAACACUUCCUCACUUAAGCUAAAAUGAUUAAUAACUUGCUCAACACUUAAUGACAAAAAAUAGCUUACGAAUUCAUAGAAUCAUGGCUCAAUAGCUCGCAAAGUUCUUGAGCUAUUGGAAAUAUUGAUACAUAAAAUUGAUUUCGUAGUUGAUGUUAAUUUUCUCCUUUAAUAUUGACUUUCUAACUCCAUCUAAUAAUGUUUAGCAAGAGACUUAUAUGUCGACUUACUCCAUUGACAUGUUUCAAUAUCUUAUUAGGCGCGAAACCCCCUAGGCAAGGCGUUUUGUCAUUGCCUUGCGUCUAGGUAUAAGGUUAAGCGUGCCUUUUGAACCAUGGUUUAAACAUAAUGAGAUCUUCAUAAGCAUUUGAAACCAAAGAUUAAAGGCUGAACAAACUACAAGUUAACCAAGUAGUUAUCUUCCUGACACUUGCAGAAGCAGAGGAGGCCCAGCUGGGCAGCAUAGUCCCAGGGAUGUCCAAAAUCCGGGUCAAAGACCUACCGGAAGGAGUAGUAACCGGAAACCUAACCUCCAUCUUCUCCACCAUGCUCCACAACAUGUCCACCCACCUCCCCAGAUCCGCAGCCGCCGUCUUCAUCAACUCAUUCCGCGGCCUCGAUCCCACCAUCGCCGCCGACCUAGCAUCCCGCUUCACCUCCUUCCUCAACAUCGGCCCUUUCCACCUCCUCUCCCCGCCGCCGCCACCACCCAAUUCCUCCAGCUGCCUCCCCUGGCUCGACGGGCCGAACCUGGCGCCCGCGUCGGUCGCGUACAUCAGCUUCGGCUCCGUGGUGACUCCGCCACCGCACGAGCUCCGUGCGGUGGCGGAGUCCCUGGAGGCGACCGGGGUGCCCUUCCUGUGGUCGCUCAGGGACCACGCGAGGGCGCAUUUGCCCGAAGGGUUCGUGGAGCGGAGCCAGGGGCAGGGGCAGGGGAUGGUGGUCCCCUGGGCUCCGCAGGUAGAGGUUCUGGGGCACGGCGCUGUGGGGGUGUUCGUGACGCACUGCGGGUGGAAUUCGGUGCUGGAGAGCAUCGCCGGUGGGGUUCCGAUGAUCUGCAGGCCGUUUUUCGGGGAUCAGAGGCUGAAUGGGAGGAUGCUGGAGGAUGUGUGGGAGAUUGGGGUUAAUUUGGAAGGUGGAGUGUUUUCCAAGGAAGGGUUGGCUGGUUGUUUGGAUAGGGUUUUGAAGCGGGAAGAAGGGAAGAGGAUGAGGGACAAUGUUGGAGUUCUCAAGGAGAAAGCUGAGGAAGCUACUAAGCCCAAGGGAAGCUCCUCUGAUGAUUUCUGCAGAUUGGUAGAGUUGGUAUCUACUACUACUAUGCCCUAAUUGAGUAGUCAUUUUGUAGUAACUUGUUACAAGCAAUAGAAAGAAAGCAUUAUCUCAAACUGCUGCUGGAUGAUGGUAAUAAUAAACAGCUCCUGAUUUUUUUUAUAGCAUUUUGAUAGUUCGGAAUCUCUUAACUCGUCUGGAAUGACCAAUAAAAACAUAAGCGAAUCUGUUGGCACAAGAGAUGGAACUGUUUUUACAUUUUCUCGUUCAUACUUUGGUUGUAAUAAGAGCAAAAUAAUGUGGACUGAGAUGUCAGAACAGCAUGUGUUUGCGAUAGUAAACUAUGUGAAACAACGGGUGUUAAACCCAGUUCACCCAUGAACAAUGCAUGUCUUUCGGAUAAUUCCGACAUAUGGUACUUUCAAUCAGUCGAAGCCAAGGUUGUCGAAACGCGGGUGGAUCCGCGAGUCGAUCGAGUUUGACCUUGAUCCGGUGAGAAAAACGGGCCGCAUGCACCCGUCGGGUCGACCACUACAAGGUACCGGGAUGGAGGCUAAAUUGAGUCAUUUUUUUCUUUGGCUUGCGAAAUGCACCUAUUUUUCUUUUCGCCUAACUCAAUCUUUGAAAUACUAAGUUGAACAUUUGAAUGUUGAUAUUUGAAUGUUGAUGUUAUAAAAGUGUGUAAAUUUU